AUGGCGAUGAAGCAGGAGAACUGGCGAGACCUCAUCGCAGAUAGAUUGCGGGAGCGAAAUAAAAAUGAAACGUCUCGCUACGCCGAGAUUAUCCACUACAAUAACCGUCUGUUCGAUACGGCCGUAAAGCUACGGCAGGAGAAUUUGGAUUUAAAAAUAGAUAAAAAGAUACGGGACAGUGCCGGUGGUGGUUCCGGGUCCAGUGUUGCUGGAUUUAAUGCCGAUGUGGGCGCCAUAACAAACGCCCAGAUCCAGGCCCUGGAAAAGAAAGUGCUCGCACAGCAGGAAGAACUGACGGAGCUGCACAAACGCAAGGGCGAGCACUCGCAGAUGGUUAUCACACUCAACCAGAAGCUGUCCGAUCUACAACGGCUGCUCACGGAGAAGGAACGUGCACUGGCCGACCAGACGGCACUGUGCAUUUCGUUGAAGGAUGAGCUGGAGGAGGUCAAGGCUUCGCACGUCACGAUCAAGGACGAGUCGCUGGCGUCGCAGCUGCGGGCCAACGCGGCCGAGGACAAAUUGCGCGCCGUGCAGGACGAAAACACGAAGCUGCUGAAUCUGCUGAUGGAGUACAAGUCGCGCGACGCCGAAACCAUGAACAAGGAAAAUGAUAAAUUUUUUAAAGAGAAAAAGGCGCGCAUCGAGAGCGAGCUCGAACGCGCGAUUCGGGACAUUCCGGGACCGUCGGUGGGAUUGGGGGCAGAUCUCGAUCGUUUCGACGUCGAUGGGUUACCGGAAGGUGUGGAGUUUAAGUUUGAUGCGCACGAUGGUGAGGUGAACGCGGUUCGCUGGAGUCCUAUUGAGCGCAUCGUUGCGACGGGCGGUGCUGACCGGAAGGUUAAGCUGUGGGACGUGGGAAAAGGUGUUUGUGAGCAACGAGGUGUUCUCGUCGGCAGCAAUCAAGGCAUCAAUUCGGUUGAGUUUGACACGACCGGUUCCAUGAUACUGGCGGCGUCCAACGAUUCCGCCAGUCGCAUGUGGUCGGUAGUGGACCAUCGACUAAGGGUAAGCACAAAGAAAAUAUGA